AUGGCAGAAAACACAAGUCCAGCUAUCACUAUGACUUGUGAGGUUUGUUCAGAGUAUUACACUGAUCCCCUCAUGCUUCCCUGUCUUCACUCAUUCUGUAAGAAGUGUCUAAUAAAAGCUAAAGACAAGCAAGGUAGUGCUGAUACCUCAUUAAAGUGUCCAACAAGUGACACUAGCGUUAAUUUACCUGAUGGUAAAAUUGAAGGCCUCACUCAAAACCUUUGGCUAGCUCAGCAAGUUAAGGAAGCAUCCAUUAAAGAUAAAAUGAGCAAGAAAGAAAGCACAUUAUGUGAACAAUGCAGUGACGAUAUUGCUGUCACUUUUUGCUAUGAGUGUUGGCUGUUUCUAUGCAAUUUCUGCAAGACAGCACAUAAAAGAAUAAAACUGAAGCACAAGUCAACACAAACUGAGUGCAUUUAUGAAGGAGAAACAGCACGUAAAGCAUUAAAGGAAAGUGUUGCUAGUUGUGAUGGAGUCAUUCCUCCAGUCACUGAAGCUAUUGCUAAUGGAGAGAAGAUGCUAGAGCAGAUAGCAACACAUAAAGAAGAAGCAAGGCAGGAAAUCAAGGAAACGUUUGAAGAGCUUAAAGCUGUUUUAGAUAAGAGAUGCAAUGAUCUACUAAUGGAGACAGAAAAGAUUGCUAGCGCUAAGAGGAAUUCUGUCGAAAAGCAGUUGGACGGGUUUCGUAAACUGGUAAAACAGGUUUCUCAUGGUCGUCAUCUUGCAUCAUCAGUGAGUGAGCGUACUGAUCCAGGUGAAGUUCUCAGUGUUAAGAAGCUAAUCACCAAUCAACUAGAGGAAUGCAUUGAAAAGUAUAAAAAACUACCUCUAGAAAUAAAAGAAAAUGAAGCAAUUGUAACAUGUUUAGACAUAUCUCCUUUAAGUAAAGAAAUCAGUAAGUUUGGAAGUUUUUUUGAGUUUGAGCAGCUUGAGCCAUCACUAUAUUCUAUUGACAAUGGGUUAGCUAUUCCAUUGGCAACAUUAAGGAAAGAAAGGAAAUUCAAAGUGUCUCUACCAGCAGGCAUUGAUAAAGCAGCAAGCUAUUUGAAGGAUUCCUUUAUCAAAAGUGAUGGAAGUAAAGAGGAGGAAAGAGUUGAUAUAGUUAAUGAUAACAACACAGCCAUUGUAUCAUGCACACCUCAAAGUAUUGGUGGAUAUGAACUAUCAGUGACUAUAAGAGGUCAGCAUAUUAAAGGUAGUCCUUAUCAACUGUCAGUAAAAGCAUCAAGAGACUAUACCACACUAACUAACCAGAGAUCCUUUACUGUGGAGAAUUAUACUACUGGUGUUGCUGUUCAUACUAAUGGUGAAGUAUUUGCUAGUAGUACUGAUGGGUUUGUUCAGGUAUUUAGUGCGGAUAGUACUGCAGUAAGAAGGAUUGGAUCUAAAGGUAAUGGUAACGGACAGCUUAGAUGUCCUUGGGGUUUAUUGCUGUUAGGAGACAGGCUCUAUGUGUUUGAUGUUAAUCUCCAUCGUGUGCAGUAUUUCUCAGCUACUACUGGUCAGUAUAUUGGUCAGUUUGGUAGUGAAGGUAAUGGAAAUGGACAAUUCUCUUAUCCUCGUGGUAUGUCUACUGAUGGUAAAGGUAAUAUAUUAGUAGCUGAUGAUGGCAACAAAAGAGUACAAGUGUUCAAAGAAGAUGGUACAUUUCUACAAGUCAUACAAUGUGAUGUCUUCUCUCCUGAUGGUAAAACUCAUCUUCAUACCUACAAUAAUCCUUAUAGUGGCUCUGGUUAUCUUCAAGGUAUUGCUAUUGAUGAUGAUGGACAUAUCUUAGUAUUGACUUACAAGGGUAAUAGCCAGUCUUGUGUUUAUGCAGAGAGUCCUGAUGGGAAAUUAGUCUCAGGAUUAAAUAAUCCAUAUGGUAUAGCACUGGAUAAGGAUGGAUGUAUUUACGCUGCUAACAAGAAUCGUAUAGUGAAAAUAUUCAAGUAG